AUAAAAUGCCACACUAGCGUUUGGUGAAUCAUCUUCCAUUUUAAUUUGUCUGUGGCGAUGGGUAGAUGGUUACUGCUUUGUGUGGCGUUAUUGGCAGGGUCCUUGCAAGCUGAAAGCAGUCUUACCAAAUGCAACCUGGGCAGUAAACUGUGCAAGGAUGGCUCAGAGUGUAUCCGGUACAGUCAUGUAUGUGAUGGAGAGAAGGAUUGUAAGGAUGGUUCAGAUGAAGAGGACUGUGAAUCUGGAUGCAGCGAAGAUCAGUUCCAGUGUGCCCAUGGUAUGAAGUGUAUUGACAGGGACCAAGUGUGUGAUGGUGUAUCUCAGUGCCAGGACAACUCUGACGAACAGCAGUGCAUAAAGCUGACUGAAGGCUGUUAUCACCAGUGUGAUGACCACAGCCGCUGUCUACCUGCAAGCUUUGUCUGUGAUGGAGAGCGGGACUGUUUAGAUGCCAGUGAUGAAGCUUACUGUGACGAAGAGGAAGAGACCUUUCCAGCUCCUGUUCCUGCAGCCACCGGUCCACCUCUUCCCAUCAGGUGUACUUUGGGCUCCAAACCCUGCAAGGACAACUCGGAUUGUGUCCACUACAAUCACGUCUGUGAUGGGGAAGCAGAUUGCAAAGAUGGUUCAGAUGAGGAAGACUGCUUAUCAACAUGUGAAAGUGGACAGUUCCAAUGUGCCCAUGGAAAGAAAUGCAUUGAAAAGACCCAGGUGUGCGACGGUGUGCCUCAGUGUCAAGACCGAUCAGAUGAACUGGAAUGUGCCAAGUACAUGGAGGGCUGUGUUCACCAAUGUGAUGACAAAAGCCGUUGCAUCCCUAGCAGCUUCCUGUGUGAUGGGGAGAGGGACUGUGCUGAUGGCAGUGAUGAGGCCACCUGUGCUGAUGAAGAAUGCAAUGAAGCAGAGUUCAGAUGUGCCAGUGGACAGUGUGUGUCUGCCAAUAUGCGUUGUGAUGGUCACCCAGACUGCUGGGACCGCUCUGAUGAGGAGAGCUGCACCAAGGCACCGGUCUGCCCCACUAAACACCGCUGCCCCCAGAGUAAAGAGUGCCUGGUGCCUGAGUGGAUCUGUGAUGGAGACCAGGACUGUGAAGAUGGCACUGAUGAGAAGGACUGUCCUGUGGCUCCACUGGACUGUGGUGACUUCCAGUGGGUGUGCAAAUCCAAUACAAACUGCAUUCCUGCAGUUUGGAAGUGUGAUGGCACAAAGGAUUGUGAUGAUGGUAGUGAUGAGACUGAAUGUGGGAUGGUGACUUGCCUCCCUCAUGAGUUCCAGUGUGGCAGUCAAGAGUGCUUGGAUCCAGCACUGGUAUGUAAUGGUAUCACUAAUUGCGCAGAUGGCUCAGAUGAGGGAGGCAACUGUCAGUUGAACUGUGACAACGUGGACAUUAAGCGUUGCUCAGAGGGCUGCUACAGCACACCACAGGGCACGCGCUGCCGCUGUGCAGCAGGGUACAGGCUCAUGGAGGAUGGGGUGACGUGUGCUGAUGUUGAUGAGUGUGAAGGCCAGACACCUGGUGUGUGCAGUCAUCUCUGCAUCAAUACUCAGGGCUCAUACCAGUGUGACUGUCAUCCAGGCUAUAUAAUGGAGGCAGGUGGACACCAGUGUAAGAUCACAGGUGAACCCUUCUUGCUGUCGUCAGUCCAAACAGAUCUCUAUCUGUAUGGCUUGCGUAGCGGAAGCUUGGAUGUCUUGUUGUCUUCAGCCAAGAAACCCAUUCUGUCUCUAGACUAUGACUGGAGGGAUCAGAAAGUCUUCUGGGUCAGUGUUGGUGCAGAGACUAUCAGGUGGUCCUCCAUGGAUCAGAAGAACACAGGAACUCUGGUUAAAGGUGUUAGGGCUGAUUCUGUAGCUGUGGACUGGCUUGGGAGGAACCUGUACUGGAUUGAUGGGGUGGACAGUGAGAUUGUUGCUAUCAAACUGGAAAAUACUCCCAUGAAGUCACUGGACAGAAGCAUCAUCCUGCAUGAAGACCUGGAUCAGCCCCGAUCUCUGGCCCUGUUACCACAGAGAGGGCUAAUGUUCUGGACAGACAUUGGUGAUGAAGUAAAGAUCGAACGUGCUGGGAUGGAUGGCUCACAGAGGAGGGUGGUGGUAAACUCCAGUUUGGGCUGGCCAGGUGGCAUUGCAGUGGAUACAGUUUCUAACAGGAUCUUCUGGACCGAUGAGAGGCUGAGGGUGAUUGGAUCUACCACACUGGAUGGUGGUGAUGUUUGGAUUCUUCAGAUGAGGGAGACAGCAAAUCCUUUCUCAGUGGCAGUGUUCAAUGACAUGCUGUACUGGUCUGAUGCCAAGAAGCGAGUGGUGCAGGCAGCUAAUAAACUAAAUGGUAAAAACCGUCAAGUUAUCCUGAAAAGACCUAAACAACCGUUUGCUGUGAAGAUCAUCCACCCAAUACUCCAGAUGGACACUGAGAGCCCUUGCAAGAAAAUGGACUGCUCCCACAUUUGUGUGUUGGCUCCUGGACGCAAGGGUGUAUGCAAGUGUCCCUCUGGUCUCUUACUGGCUGAGGAUGGCCUGACCUGUUCUACUCUGGUCACUUCAACAUUCCUACUGUUUCUGUCUCCCUCCACUGUAACACAGGUCUACAUGCACUCUGAACAAGCAACAGAACUCAAAGGUUGGCCAGACCACUUGGCUCUGCCGGUACCCAGUGUUAACAAGGCCUCUAUCAUGGACUACAGCCUUCGUGAGCACAACCUGCUUUUGACAGAUGGCACAUCUUCACUCGGCUCCUUCAAGCUGAAGGACUCUAUUUUGACCUCCCAAGGUCAGUUUCUCAAACUGCUUGGUGACACCAUCACUGCUAUGGCCCUUGACUGGAUGACCCUUAAUGUGUACUGGAGCAGCGAACAGCAGCCCCGCCUGCAGGUCACCUCACAAACUGGCGCAUACACAGCUGUUCUCAUAAAGGAAGGCAUUGGUAAAGUGAAGUGCAUUGCCCUCCACCCUUCCACUGGGAGGGUUUGCUUCACAAAUAUGAAUGUACAAGAUACAAGUCGCAAGGCUACUGUAGAAUGUGCCCACAUGGAUGGUGCUGAGCGAAGAGUUGUGUGGAAAGAUGCUGUUCAGCCAGCAUCUUUGGUCUUCUCCAAUAAUGGGAAUACAGUUUACUGGGCUGAUAUUGCAACGGGGAAAAUUGGCUCUGUCCAAAUUGAUGGCUCUGGAUAUGGAGAGUUGCAGGCUGGUGAGGGCCUCAAAGCUGUGGCCUUGAAGGACAAAAUGCUGAUCUGGUUGACCGUUGAUGAUAUGACCAGGCUCUGGCACCAACAUCGGCAGCAGAAGAAACUGUGGUUUGAGGUUGACACUGAGGUCUUCAGCUUGAAGACCUUCAGCAAGUCGAGUCAGGCAGGGUCCAACCAGUGCGCAGAAAACAAUGGUGGCUGCCAGCACCUGUGCCUCCCCACACCAGCAGGUCGGACUUGCAAGUGUUCACAUGACCACAUUGUAAAGGAUACAAACUGUAGCCCAGAAGAAAGCUGCCCUGCUGGAAGCAGGCCUUGUCUGGAUCAAAAGUCGUGCCAACCUGUUGAGAAAUUCUGCAAUGGGCAAGUAGACUGCACUGACCACUCGGAUGAGAAUUGUGCUAAUCUCAAGCAGUGGUCAGGAGCCAAGGUCUCUGCUCCUGCCAAACCUCAUAGCUCCCCUCCUUCUGCCUCCCCUCAGCCACCCCUUUCUACACUGACAAAGCCAGAGCCCUCUUUCAAUGUCAGUGGUUUGCUCCUGAACUUGGAAGCCCAGCAAUGCAGUCAGAGGCGAUGCAGUGGCAAUGGGAACUGCAUGGACGUCAACGGAGUCAUUUCCUGUGUGUGUUCAGAGGGCUACAGUGGUGACUCCUGUGAAGAUCCACUCCCAAAAACCAUACAGGGUCCCAUUAUCUACAGUGCAGUGGGUCUCAGCGCAGGAGUUUUGGUUGUUGCCAUCAUAGCAGUGGUGGUUAAAAGAAGUGCUGCCUCAAGGACAUCUAGCCCAGAAGUGGCAAAAGAAAUGGGCAUGACUGAACUGAAGAAAGUAGAGACCACCCCAAGCACCCUGACGGAAGCAGACAAACCAGAGGAAGCGGUAUCUUCUGUGGACUGAGGCUGAUAUAUGGACUUCUUUUUUUUUUUUUUUUAAUAAAUGGUCUGCAUUUUCAGUUGUGGUCU